AUGAAGAAAGGCUAUAAAGUUACAGAUGUUAAAAGAGAAAAGAAAAUAGGUAUAGCUGCAGAAAACCUGGAAGAGUUAAUAGAGAAAUCACUCAAAAAGUUAGGUUUCAAUGCCAGCUGCGCAGAUUGUAGGCUUUUUGUGGCUGAAGACGGGACACAGGUGGAUGAUGAUGACUAUCUAGCUACUUUACCUCCUCAGACCUUAUUCAUUUUGUUAACUGACAAACAAAAAAUGGUAACUGAUUUCGACUUCUACUAUAAUUUAAUUAGAUCAUCAAAAAAAGAUUACAUUAAUGCUGGUGUUGCUGCAAAUGAAUUCCUAAAUACCAAUAUAAAGGAUAAGUUCAAAGUGUUCCAAAAGUAUAUAGCAGCUGCUGAUGAUGCUAAAACUAUGCUUAGUGAGAGGACACAGGAUCCAGCGUGGUUUGAAGGUUUAGAGCUAUCUGAAAAGACAAAGGAGCAAUCAAUGUGCAAGAGAGUCAAAGAGAGAAUGAGAGGAUAUUACUAUAAAACUAAAACUGCACUACAAACUUCAGACCUGUAUGUUCAGUCCAAAAACGGACAUGGUAAGAAAUUGAUAGACCAGUUCCUAUUAGACCUUCGAAAGAUUCUCGAAUCCAAGAAGUAUAAUGAGAGUUACUUUAAUAGGAAAGCAAAUAAAGACCAGCGUUUGUGUGCUGAUAAUGGUCUGUUUGAAUGUGGCGGCCUGUGGAACAAUACUAAAUGUAACUAUAAUGGAGAACAUUUUAUAAAUCCAUACAGGAGUCGUGAAGAAAGAAUUAUAUUUCAGACCUGGAACUUAGACCAUAAAAUUGAGUUAUCUCGUUCAAUUAUACCCAGCAUAGUAGAAGCUAUUAAAGGGUUAUACAAUGGGAGUUUUAAAUGUGUUUCAUGCGAAAAAGAUCAUAAAGAUGGAGGUGUUGAAACGGAUAGAUAUUAUUUACAAAUAUUUACGCGCGAAAAUUUAAAAUUAGUUCACAUUGUAUGCCAUUACAAAGGGAAACAUAAUGCACAGUCGGGUAUAUAUACUGUGUGCAAGUCGUGCUUUGGGCAACAAAUUAUAGACUAUAAAUAA